AUGGUAAGUCUUAAAGAUUUUCUUUCCAAAAUACUUAUCAUCCACGCUCUGAUUGCGUUGAGCAUCGCCGAUGUCAGCCAUUUGAGAAGCGCUUACUUGCCUCCCUACCACAGUAAACCACUGCACGUUGCACCAAGUCAAGAACUUGCAGCGCCGCCACAACCACAAGUGCAACAUGACGAAGUACCACAAGCCCAACUGGAUGUUAUUUUACUUGACGAGUCGGCCAAUGGUAACUCACAUGCUUUAAAAGAUGUUGACCAAUCGCUGGAUAAUGAGCCCGUUGCAAUAGUACACCAAAGUUCUACAGAUGAUAACGCCGCCAGUGAAUCUGCCAGCGAUCCGUUCUUCCAACCUAGUUUUGGUGGCUUUCCAGGCGGUGGAAUUGCACCCAACUUUGGUGGGCCAACAUAUCCGGGUCAAGGUUUUACGGGAGCAGGCUUUCCAGGACAGGGUUUCGCAGGACAAGGUUUUCCUGCAACAGGCUUCGCAGGACAAGGUUUCGCUGGUCAAGGAUUUCCAGGACAAGCCUUGUCUGGAGCUGGCUUCGCAGGACAAGGUUUCCCGGGACAAGGCUUUCCUGGACAAGGUUUACCAGCUUCAGGCUUCGCAGGACAAGGUUUCCCAGGGCAGGGCUUUUCGGGAGCUGCCUUUCCUGGCCAAGGUUUCUCAGGCCAGGGUUUCCCAGGACAAGGAUUCUCUGGAGCUGGCUUUCCUGGACAGGGUUUCUCAGGUCAAGGCUUUCCUGGACAGGGCUUUCCGGUAGCUGGAUUUCCCGGCGCAGGCUUCCCCGGUCAAGGCUUCCCACCACAAGCGGGCGGUUUCCCAGGCUUACCUUACCAAACACAGCAACAGUCCGGCGGCGAUUUCAACACACCACAGCCCAUAGAGGGCCUCAACACUCGUGUGCACACAACGCGCAUAGCCAGCGAUACAGUUUAUGGCGCAAACGGCGGUUAUGUCUACGACAAGCCCAAAUAA